AUAACUUCCUGUUUACAUCACGUGACGGUUGGAGUCCCCUUCACACGUGAUGCGUGCUACCUGCAUCUGUCAGAGAGCGAGACUGAUGAUUGUGUCAAUGCAUGUACGGUAUCCUGGAGGUAGGUGAUGAUAUGUCUCUAACACGGGAUCCACGGAUGGUUGUGAGCUGACGAUACUCAACAUUAGGACAAAUCUUAUAGAAGAAAAUACUCAUUUUUACAAUAAUUCUCACUCAGCGGAUGAAUAUCAAUGAUGGAACAGGAGGAAAGUCAGCCCUUACUGCCACACAGCAGACGGACAACCAGCUCCCCGCCCCCGCGAAUCACCAUACAUGCAGGCAUGGGUGUGGCUAAAGUUGUGAAAAUGGUAGCUAAAAACUACUGUAAAAAGUGUUGUUCUGUGGAAACAUUAAAGGAAAGAGUUCCCAUCACUAACUGGCUACCCAAAUAUAAUCUGAAUACGUUACAGUGUGAUUUGGUGGCAGGUCUGACUGUGGCCCUGACAGUGAUACCCCAGGGACUGGCGUAUGCCAAGAUAGCACGACUUCCCACACAGUAUGGCCUGUACUCGGCAUUCAUGGGCUGUUUUGUGUACUGUUUCCUGGGAACAGCCAAAGACAUCACCCUGGGACCCACAGCCAUCAUGUCUCUGAUGACAGCUGCCUUUGCCUACUCUCCUGUGGAAAAUGACCCUACCUAUGCAAUUGUCCUGUGCCUGCUGUGUGGGUGUGUCCAGCUUCUCAUGGGCCUCCUAAACCUUGGUAUACUCGUCAACUUUAUAUCCUAUCCAGUGAUCAAUGCCUUCACGUCGGCAGCAGCCAUCACCAUUGGCUUCGGCCAAGUCAAGGGAUUGUUAGGACUGACAGAUAUUCCAAGGGAUUUUCCACACAUGGUGUAUCAGACAUUUAAAAAGAUUCCUGAAACCAAAGUCUGGGAUAUGACAAUGGGGUUGAUAUGUCUUGUACUUCUCUUCUUACUUAAGAGAAUGAGAGCAAUUCAAUGGAAUGAUCCUCCAGAUGGUUCACCCCCUAACUGGUGUGUAAAGAUCUGUCGCUACAUUGUCUGGCUGACUGGAACAGCUGCUAAUGCCAUCAUAGUGAUCACUGCCUCUGGAGUGGUAGCGAUCCUACGGAGCCAGAACAUUGAUGAUGCCAUCAGUAUAACAGGAGACAUAGAACCAGGGUUACCUCCCUUUAGGGCACCUUCAUUCUCCGUUCAAAAUGGAAAUGAAACCAUAUCAGCAGGAACUAUCUUAUCUAGCAUCGGAGCAGGUAUAGGCAUAGUACCAUUGUUAGGCCUCGUGGAACUGAUUGCUAUUGGAAAAGCCUUUGCUCGGCAAAAUAAUUACAAAAUCUAUCCAAACCAAGAGUUGAUAUCUAUUGGUAUUGCUAACAUUAUUAGCUCGUUCAUGUCCUCCUACCCGGUGACUGGGAGCUUCUCAAGAACUGCUGUCAAUUCUCAAAGUGGUGUAAAAACUCCAGCCUCGGGUCUUGUUACAGGUGCUGUGGUACUGUUAGCCCUACAGUUCCUUACUCCACUCUUCUUCUUCAUCCCAAAGGCAGCAUUGUCAGCGGUCAUCAUCUCUGCUGUCAUCCAGAUGGUCGACUACAAAAUUGUCAAAAAACUUUGGAAGUCAAACAAAAUUGACCUGAUUCCUCUGUUUGUGACCUUCAUAGCUUCACUUGGUGUUGGUAUCGAGUACGGCAUCCUCAUUGGUAUAGGAGUUGACCUUUUGAGUUUACUCUACCCGAUAGCUAGACCAAACAUCAAAAUAACAGACAAGGGAAUAGUGGUACUGAAGAUGGAACAAGGUGUACGCUUCCCCGCCGUGGACUUCCUACAGAGUACAGUCACAGAUGCGGCCACUGUACAGGGUGAUAAGUUGAGAUCGGUUGUCAUGGACUGUAGUUAUAUAACUGCAACAGACUAUAGCUCUGUACAGGGCAUCAUUGAGCUGAUUGCUGAAUUCAAAAGAAAAGGAGCACGGAUUGUCUUUGCAUGUCUUUGUACCAAAGUGUUAGAGAGAUUACAGGAGAGAGAGAUCCCCGACUUACUCGUCAGCUCCACUGUGGAAGAGGGCUUCAAACUCCUUCAAGAUGAAAUAAAUCCCGAGUUUGACGACCUUGGUAAGAGUGGGGAGACAACUGUGGUUGUACCAGUGGACUAUUCCGGCAUUAGACUGUGAUACGAGUAUAAAUAACAUAUUGCUGCAGGCUCAUACUCAGGAUGUUGUACUCAGCUUCUACAGAGUGGAGGGACCAGUGCAAGGGAACUCUCAUCUUCACGAGGUUUUCAGUGCUGGUCCCGCGGCCUCAUCAAUACUCCUUAACUUAAGGAAAUCCCUUAACUUGAAAUUUCCCAUAGGAAUGCAUUGUUGGAUUCAAGGUGUUAUUAACAGGAACUUUUCUUAAGUUCUGUAAUGUUUUUCUAUAUAAAAUUUUAAGCUUAGGAAUAUUGACGAAACUGACUUAUUAUGAUUAAAUCAUAUUCCCCAGAUCACACUUAUCGUCACCUUAUAAAGCAUCAUUUUAUGUACGCCUUCUGACAAGGAAGUUAGAAAAUAACAAAUUUUGGAAAGAAAAUCCUAUUUCAAGCCAAAAUAUUUGUCAAAUGCUUAGUCUUUUUCUGGAUCCUGCAACUGUAUGCCACUUGUGGAUUGUUUCUUGAUCAAAUAUUUAUUGUCUGAUCAUGAUUUUGUGAUUCUAGGGUUCCAAUUAUUGUUGAAAUGAUUUAUUUUUAUAUUUCUACUUUAUAUUGGUAUAUAUUUUACUGUGUACAUAUAUGUAAUUGUAUAUCCUGACCAAUACAUCUUAUGAUCUAUCUCUACAAAUCAUCAAGGCUGUCAGAAUUGUUUUUGUUGUGGAUGAUGCAACAUAAAAGUAAUGUCAGAUAUCAUUUUGACAUGAAUGUGCAGAUUUUAAAUUUAAAUGCUAAUUUAAUUUUCAUAAUAAAAUUGUGAUAUCAACAUU